AUGUUGAAACGAUUACUGAAAGGAUAUGAGGACAGUGAUGAUGGAAAGGAGAGGAAACCACCACCUCAGUUGCGGUUAGAGGCGAAGCUUUUGGGAAGGAAAUGGUCAGAGGGAUCGCGGGGAAACAUUGGACACGAGGUUCAGUCAUUUCGGUCUGCGUACUUGAAGACAUUAGUUGAAGAAGUGAAUCCGAUAAUUGACGUGGCGGAAUUUGAGAGCAGAAUGAUGGUAGUGACUUUUAAUGUGGUUGAAGACAACUUAUCAGGUAUUACCUCAAUCAGUGGUUCGGUGGCAAAAAGAAAGAGAAGAAUGGGUGAUUCAACAAAUGUAAUAUCACUGGUAAUGAUUAAACAGCGGUUUUUGUUACUAUGA